AUGGACGUUCCUUCUUUCUUACAACCACAGACAGACUCACAAUACGCAAAUUCUGUCUAUGUCCAUUCUAUCUUUCAGCACUCUAAACCACUUGGUUUUUCAAAGACAAUUUGGUGGCCAAGUGCAGAUCCGAGCACGGUAGUCCUCUUCAUACCAGGGAAUCCCGGCCUCUCAGAAUUUUAUAUUCCGUUUCUCUCCGCCCUGUAUCACCAAUCCAAUCGUCUUUGUAUAUUAGCACAAUCACAUCUUGGGCAUACCGAAGAAGCCACUGCCUUUAUACAUGACCUUGCAGCCCAAGUCUCCGCCGCUAUAGAAGGUCUAGAUGCACUCAGGCAAACUUAUCCUGGCAAGAAAUUUAUCGUAAUUGGUCAUAGUGUAGGGUCUUGGAUCGCUUCACAGGUGCUGAAAGCCAGGCCAAGCGAAGUGCACUCUGUGUUCUUACUGUUUCCUACAAUCACAAACAUUCUACAUACUCCAAACGGGCGAAGUCUUUCCUGGGCCUUUCGACCGCCUUUUCGCUAUAUUAUAUCGAAGUUCUCACUUCUUUUGCGUCCGAUCUUUUCGAGAAUUCUAUCUGCGUUGUUCUCUGAGUGGCCGAAAGCACAACUUGCCGUACUCCUUAGACUGCUGCACUCAUCUUCUUGUAUCGAAUCUUGUCUUAGCAUGGCGCACGAGGAAAUGAACACCAUUCGCGAGCUUGAUGUCGAAUUUCUGGAAACAUAUCAACACCGCAUACACAUGUACUUUGCUGAAACAGACGGAUGGGUGGGGAAUAAUAAGGACGUGAUUCUACGCUCUUUCAAUCCUGAUCGUGACUCAGUCAAGAUAGUCCAUGGUGAUCAUGGCAUCCCCCAUGCUUUUUGUAUCAAUCACAGCCAAGAAUUAGCAGAUCAGUGCAUCCGUUGGAUGUUAGAGCAAUGA